CACCAGAAGUGGUACGGCCGGUGGCUCGGCUGGCAGCAAGCGGGGCCAGGCCCGGCCGCAGGCAGCACCGCACCACUGGAGAGAGGCAGGGGCCAGCCUGCCGCCGCCUUCACUUCGCAGGCGAGCCGGAGAGCUAAACCAGACCAGCCCGGCUCCUCCGUGUCAUCCCGGCAAGGCGUGCGCUCCGGCGGCCGCGGGGAGACAAACGUCGCGGGAAGGGCGGCGGCGCUACAGGCCGGCAGGGACGGGACCGGGCACCCCCGAGCGUGCCCCGCUAUCCCCUGGAUACCCCCGCCCACCGUCGCUGCGGGCGGCCGCCCAGCCCGCCCCGGUGAGACCCGCGGGCGGGGGGUGCAGGAUUAGGUUUCAGGCCGCCGGGGCGUGCCCGAGCGCGCUGCCCCCGCGGCGCGGCUCGCUCGGCGCCGCUACUCGGGGGCGGGAAGGGCGGAGGGCCGGGCCGGGUGGCGGGGCCCGCCGAGCCGCUGGGGGAAAUAUUUACAGUCUCUUUCCAGUUUUGAAAUAGAAGCUAAGAAGCAGAAAACAUGUUGGAAACAAUUGAUACACAUCGGGCCCUCCAGGCCAUGGAGCGCUUACAGACAAAACUUCGGGAUCGAGGUGACAUUGCAAAUGAGGAGAAACUGAGCCUAUUAAAAUCAGUGCUUCAGAGUCCUCUCUUUAAUCAAAUUCUGAGCCUUCAGACUUCUGUUCAACAACUGAGAGAUCAGGUAAAUAUUACACCUUCCAUACAUUCCAGUGGUGAAUUCCCUCAGCUUCUCCAUCAUGGUGUGAACGUGGGGUCCUUGCCGCUUAAUGAGUCAUAUUUGUUGGCUCAGCAGAAUGGAAACCCAGCUAGUGUGUUAGAAACAUCAAUGAGAUCCAUUACUCCUCAGAUUAAUGGGAAAUUCUCUAGUGAUGACUUUGAGCAGCUGAUCAGAAACAUGUCCCAGGGUCGUCAUGUUGAGACAAUUGACCUUAUUAAACCUCUAAGUGGUGGUUUGGGCUUCAGUGUUGUGGGACUCAAGAGUGAAAACAGGGGAGAACUAGGAAUAUUUGUACAAGAAAUCCAGGAGGGAAGUGUGGCACAUAGAGAUGGAAAGCUGAAGGAAGCAGAUCAAAUCCUUGCUAUUAAUGGACAAGCCCUUGAUCAGACAAUUACACAUCAACAGGCUAUCAGCAUUUUGCAGAAAGCAAAAGAUAAUGUCCAGCUAGUUGUGGCUAGAGGCACUUUUCCUCAGCUCAUCAGUCCUGCAGUUUCCCGGUCUCCAUCUGCUGCUAGCACAGUUUCAGCCCAUUCCAACCCGGUUCACUGGCAGCAUGUGGAGACCAUAGAGUUGGUCAAUGAUGGUUCAGGUCUGGGAUUUGGGAUAGUGGGAGGAAAGUCAACUGGUGUGAUUGUUAAAACCAUCCUCCCAGGAGGGGUGGCUGAUCAGCAUGGAAGAUUGUGUAGUGGAGAUCACAUCUUGAAAAUUGGUGAUACAGACCUAGCUGGAAUGAGCAGUGAGCAGGUGGCACAAGUUCUAAGGCAGUGUGGAAAUAGAGUGAAACUGGUAAUUGCAAGAGGUCCUGUUGAGGAACCACUUCUACCAGGAGUACCUCCAGGUACACCAGUGCCCACCUCUACACCAGAGAAACAGGACAGUGCUUCUGUUGGUGGCUGUGAAGAGGGGGAGAAAUUCAAUGUUGAACUCACUAAAAACAACCAGGGUUUAGGAAUAACUAUUGCUGGUUACAUUGGAGACAAGACAUCAGAACCUUCUGGUAUCUUUGUGAAAAGCAUUACAAAAGGCAGUGCUGUUGAACAUGAUGGCAGAAUCCACGUGGGAGAUCAAAUUAUAGUUGUGGAUGGAACAAAUCUUCAAGGUUUUACUAACCAGCAAGCAGUUGAUGUUUUGCGGCACACGGGACAAACGGUUCGCCUCACUUUGAUCAGAAGAGGUCUUAAGCAGGAAAAUCAUAUUCCACCCCAGGAGGACUUCAGUGUUCCUGUUGAGCAGGAUUUACUAUUCCAAACAAGGGAUAGUACCACAGCCAAAGAUAACAGUGAAACAGAACAGGGAUCCCCAUCACUGCCAUGCAGUGCCAGUGUGGUAAAUAUUGGAGAUGACAUGAAACAACAGGAAACAGGUUCUCAAGAUUUCCAGCUAACUAGUACAGAAGAAGCGGCUGCAAAGAUAAAAUGGCAGAGGAUUAUGGGUUCCAAUUAUGAGAUAGUGGUGGCUGUGGUUAACAAAUUUAGUGAAAGCAGUGGGCUAGGGAUAAGCCUUGAAGCUACAGUGGGUCAUCAUUUCAUCAGAUCUAUCUUACCUGAAGGGCCAGUUGGACGAAGUGGCAAGCUGUUCAGUGGAGAUGAACUGCUGGAAGUGAAUGAGAUCUCUCUGCUUGGAGAAAACCACAAGGAUGUGGUCAGUAUCUUGAAAGAGCUGCCUAUUAAGGUGACAAUGGUGUGCUGUCGUCCAGUAGCUCCACCUGUUACUCAACCAGAAAUACUGGAGAGUCUAAGCCUAUCUGAGGUUCAGCUCACGGAAAAGGGUCACAUAGAACUUGGAUUCAUUGGCUCCUCAGACACAGAGGGAACAACUUUGGAAACAGCUGAUGAGGGUCAGAGUGUGGAAGAGGUGCAAAACUCAUCUCUGGCAAUGUGGGAAACAGAAGUACAGCACAUUGAGCUGGAGAAAGGGAUUAUGGGGCUUGGAUUUAGCAUAUUGGACUAUCAGGAUCCUGUUGAUCCAGCAAACACUGUAAUUGUGAUUCGCUCGUUGGUUCCUGGGGGUGUGGCUGAGCAAGAUGGCAGACUUCUUCCAGGAGAUCGGCUUAUGUUUGUCAAUGAUAUCAACCUGGAAAAUGGCAGCCUGGAGGAAGCGGUGCAAGCACUGAAAGGAGCCCCAACAGGAGCAGUUACAAUAGGAGUUGCCAAACCAUUGCCUCUUUCACCUGAGGAGGGCUAUGUCUCUGCUAAGGAAGAUUGCUUUUUCUACACUGCCCAGUCACUUGAGGAGGAGGGGCCAGUUGAUGCAGCCCUCUUCCGUGCUGAGCUGGCUCUGGUGGACUCUGGUGAGACAGAUCUAGCGGAUGAGUCCACCUUUGAAUCACAGUAUUCUCUAGAGAGAGACGUCUUCCAGGACUCAGUGACAGCUCUGCAUGACAGUGCCUGUAGCAGUGGGGUGAGCGACAGCUUCUCUUUUCCAUUAACAACUCCCAAGUCUGUUGGAGAGGAAUGUCCAAAUGCUGCAUCUGAUUUCCAUGUAUCUGAGAAGAAUCUGUACAACAUGAAUCUGAGUCACAGACUGAGAGAUGAAAAGUCUGUAGUGGACAGUAGCCUGGAAACUGCAAGUGACUUUACUAAAAUAGAUCUUCUGACUCAGGAGGUUUCAGAUAUCAACCAAAAUGAAAGUGAAAAUACAGCAACAUGGACUGGUUCUCAGACAGCAUCAGAAAUUGUACUAAAUACAAGCCUUGCUACUACCACACAGCUUGAUCCCAAUGAAAAAGAUCAAUUGCUUUUAAUGGAAAAGAGAUGCCCAGUAUCAUUGGAGGGAAAUUCCAUACCCCAAAAUUCAGUCAAAAACAUUUAUGAGAAGACUAUCACUAUUGCAAAAGGCAAUUCAAGCCUAGGGAUGACAGUAAGUUCCAAUAAAGAUGGCUUGGGAAUGAUAGUUCGCAGUGUCAUCCAUGGAGGCUCAAUAAGUCGUGAUGGACGGAUUGGUGUGGGGGACUGCAUCCUGUCCAUUAAUGAAGAGUCAACCACUAACUUAACUAAUGCUCAAGCCCGGGCUAUGCUGAGACGACAUUCACUCAUUGGACCAGACAUAAAAUCUUCUCCAGCACCUGCUGAUGAUCAGGCCCUGUGUUAUGUUAUUACAUAUGUGCCAGCAGAAAAUUUAGACGAGUACAGGGCCAGUCUGGGACAACAGACAGAGGGAGCAGUGCCACUUGAACUUUUUCCUUCACAUCUUGUCAGGGAACUUCCAGAGCUUCCAGAACGUGAAGAGGGGGAGGGAGAAGAAAGUGAACUUCAAAAUGCAGGUUUCAGUAACUGGAACCAGCCCAGAAAGGUUGAACUCUGGAGAGAGCCUAGCAAGUCGUUGGGCAUCAGCAUUGUUGGAGGACGAGGGAUGGGAAGCCGCCUGAGCAAUGGAGAAGUGAUGAGAGGGAUUUUUAUCAAACACAUUCUGGAAGACAGCCCAGCUGGCAAAAAUGGAACACUGAAAACUGGAGAUCGGAUUGUAGAGGUGGAUGGAAUUGACCUCAGAGAUGCCAGCCACGAACAAGCUGUGGAAGCGAUACGGAAGGCAGGCAAUCCUGUAGUCUUUAUGGUACAGAGCAUUAUAAGCAGACCAAGGGCAUUUGGUCAGUCUGAUACAGAACCAGAAAAGACUUCGCUUUGUAACUUGCCUCUGCCCCCUCCUUCAGCAUUUUCAGGAAUGAGCUCUGAUGUUGCACAGUCAUCUUCUAUCAGAGUCCCAGAAGAUGUGGAGAAGGAGGAUGAGUUUGGUUACAGCUGGAAAAAGAUCAUGCAGCGCUAUGGAAAUCUACCAGGGGAGCUACACAUGAUUGAGCUGGAAAAAGGAAAGACAGGUCUGGGACUUAGUCUUGCUGGUAACAAAGACCGAUCCAGGAUGAGUGUCUUUAUAGUGGGAAUUGAUCCAAAUGGAGCAGCUGGAAAAGAUGGCAGGUUACAUGUUGCAGAUGAGUUGCUAGAGAUAAAUGGCCAAAUCCUUUAUGGAAGGACUCAUCAGAAUGCUUCUUCAAUAAUCAAAUGUGCACCAUCUAAAGUUAAAGUAAUCUUUAUCAGAAACAAGGAUGCAGUAAAUCAGAUGGCUGUUUGCCCUGCAAAGUCAGUAGAGGCUUCACAGUGUACUUCAAGGACACUUCAACAGCAAGAGAUUGACAUCAGUGUUGCAAACCCGAGUGCAUUUUCUGACUUAAGUUCAUGUAAAAAUAUUCAGUAUGUGGAACUUCCUAAGGAUCAAGGAGGCUUUGGAAUUGCCAUUAGUGAAGAAGACACAACUAAUGGAGUAGUUAUUAAAAGCUUAACAGAUCAUGGUGCAGCUGCAAAGGAUGGACGUAUCAAAGUUGGAGAUGUGAUUCUGGCAGUGGAUGAUGAAAUUGUUGUGGGAUAUCCUGUAGAAAAGUUUAUUAGUCUCCUGAAGACAUCCAAAUCUGUGGUGAGGCUUACAAUCAACCCAGCAGAGACAGGUAAUCUGACUACAGCACCAGUCCUUCCCAGCACUGUCCCAGCAGAGAAGAGGCAUAUACAACCACCAGCAGCUGUCCCCACUUCCAGCUCACCAGAACCAGAAGCAGUCAAAAACACAAGCAGGUCUUCAACUCCAGCCAUGUUAACCUCUGACCCAGCUACUUGUCCCAUCAUUCCUGGAUGUGAAACAACCAUUGAUAUCUCCAAAGGGCGGACUGGUCUUGGUCUGAGCAUUGUUGGAGGAGCAGACACUUUGCUGGGAGCAAUCAUUAUCCAUGAGGUCUAUGAAGAGGGAGCAGCAUCUAAAGAUGGACGACUAUGGGCUGGUGAUCAGAUACUAGAGGUGAACGGAAUUGACCUCAGGAAUGCCACACAUGAUGAGGCCAUUAAUGUCCUCCGUCAGACACCCCAAAAAGUUCGUCUGACUGUGUACAGAGAUGAAGCCCAGUACAAGGAGGAAGACAUGUAUGAUGUGCUGAAUAUAGAGCUCCAGAAGAAGCCUGGUAAAGGCCUUGGGCUGAGUAUUGUUGGGAAAAGAAAUGACACAGGUGUAUUUGUGUCAGACAUCGUCAAAGGAGGAAUAGCAGAUACAGAUGGGAGAUUGAUGCAAGGAGACCAGAUAUUGACAGUGAAUGGAGAAGAUGUCCGAAAUGCUAACCAAGAGGCUGUUGCAGCUUUGCUAAAGUGUUCCUUAGGUACAGUAAGGCUAGAGGUUGGAAGAAUAAAAGCUGGGCCAUUUCACUCUGAAAGGAGAACAUCCCAGAGCAGCCAGGUCAGUGAAGGAAGUGGCAGUCUCUCAUCGUUCAGUUUCCCAGUUUCCGGGUCCAGUGCAUCUGAGGUCUUUGAAAGUGGCCUAAAGAAGCAUACCACAGCUUCUGAAAUACAGGGACUAAGAACAGUUGAAAUAAAAAAGAAUCCUACAGAUUCACUAGGAGUGAGCAUUGCUGGAGGUGUAGGAAGUCCUCUCGGAGAUGUUCCUAUAUUUAUUGCCAUGAUGCACCCGAAUGGAGUUGCAGCUCAGACUCAGAAAUUAAGAGUUGGGGACAGGAUUGUUAGCAUCUGUGGAACAUCUACUGAGGGCAUGACUCAUUCCCAAGCUGUUAAUAUCUUAAAAAAUGCUUCAGGCACUAUUGAGUUGCAGGUUGUAGCUGGGGGAGAAGUGAGUGUCAUAACUGGUCAGCAGCAGGAUCCACCUACUCCCAGUCUUUCAUUUGCUGGACUAACUUCAACUGGCAUUUUUCAGGAUGAUUUAGGACCUCCUCAGUACAAGACCAUUACUCUGGACAGAGGACCAGACGGCCUUGGCUUUAGUAUUGUAGGUGGUUAUGGCAGUCCCCAUGGAGACUUACCUAUUUAUGUGAAGACAGUGUUUGCAAAGGGUGCAGCAGCAGAAGAUGGACGCCUCAAGAGGGGGGAUCAAAUCAUUGCUGUGAAUGGGCAGAGUUUAGAAGGGGUGACCCACGAGGAAGCAGUUGCUAUUCUGAAAAGGACAAAAGGAACAGUCACUUUGACUGUAUUAUCAUGAACUGGCUGCCUGACAGGCUAGGGUCAGUAAGACAAUAUUGUUUACUUUCUAUGUAGUAAAGAGAAUGGAAAUGUUUUUGUAGUCUUGCUCUUUCAGCUUCACAGAACUGUGUUACAACACUGAAGAAAAGUAACAUUUAACCAUAUUUUUGUAUAUAUUAGAAGUACUUCUCUUCCUGUCAAACCCCUGGGAUGAAGUUAUGUUGACAAUGGAAACACAUGGAUAUUUUUGCUAUUAGUAAGUCACCAUGAAAAAAAAUGUUGUCAUUAAUAACAUAAGAAAACUGAAAAUGUUUUUGGAAGAGACUUUGCAUAUUUGAAUAAUGUUGGAAAAAGGAUAAAUUCACCAAGUCAGCAUGGAGGUUGCUGGGGAAAACAGGAGUAAGGUUAUUGAAGAAAUAAAAUAUUACUAAAACAGAGAUUUGGGAGAUAAGGGGAAAUGUAUGUAAUCUGGAGGCAGAUGGUUAAUAGACUAGAUGGUUCGUUGGAACUAGAUGAUUUCUAAGGUUCCUUUCAACCCAGACUGUUCAAUGACCAUAUUAUUUCACAAUGCUCUAUAGAAGAAACUAGUUUGGCGACUUGGGUGGAUUUUUUUUUCCUGUCUUUUUGUGUGUUUAAAUUUUUCUAAGUCAUGGUGUAUCUGAAAAAAAAAAAAAAAAAAAAAAAAAAAAGAGCACUGUGUUUCACUUGGCUUAGGUUUGAGGAUUUCAUUAUUUUGGCAGCAGCGGGGUGUCUUGGUGGUGGUGAUGGUGGUUUUGGUUUUUGUUUGUUUGUUUUGUUUGGGUUUUGUGGAACUUGUGCUCAGGGCUGAAAAAUCCAUUACUAGUGGAAACUAUUCCUGGUGAUUGAGAAUGCCUAGCAACUGCAGUAUUAGAAGAACUAGACUUUUAAAAUAGGAAUAUUUUAUAGUCCUUAUGGGUGAAAACAACUUUUCUAAUAUGAAGUGUCUGUAAGCAAAGGUUGUCCUCUUCCAACAUGCAACACCACGUACAGGAUCAGUGUAGACAUUUCUGCAAGCUGCUUGCUUCAGAGACGUGAACAAACCUCUCAGAGCAGCUCUGCUUAGCUGACAGCAGAUACCUGGAUAUUGCCAGUGUGGAAGGAGUUGACAUUAAUGGUGUUGCUGCCAUUAUCACUAGCAGCAAAGGUAGAGUCCUCCUUGAAUUGAGGAGGGAUACAACCAGGAGUUACGGGUUGAGGAUGGGUGAAGACCUGCAAAUGCCUCACAGUGGAGGUGAGUAGUAAGGCAGCAGCGAGGGUUUGUAUCAGUAAUAAGGAAAAGAGGAGCUUUGACAGCUACAACUAUUAUUUUGGGGAUAUUAAUUUUAGAGGCACAAAUAAAAGCAUCUAGAAAGUACAAUGCAAAUGUGGAGCUUUCUUUGAUCAGCAGUGUGGUCAAUAAAUGCAUCACUUUAUCAUUAUUUAAACUUUAUCUAAAAACUGCACUCAAUGAAACACUUAGCUGAUUGUAACCUGCCUGCCUUUGCCCGCCAUGCUCUUAGGAAUCUGGCAGAUAAAGCAUGCUUUUCCCAUGAUUUUUUUUUCCUGCAGAAAAAUUUAGCUGAGUCUUUUGAGAGAGGAAGAUACCAGUCAGACUAGUAUGCUAAUUUAGCAGCAGGAUGCUUUCUGUUAAUUGGCAAAAAUGGAAUUUUAGCAAGAAGGCCACUAUCUCAACUAUCACUUACGAGAAAUAUGAACUGAAAAUGCAGGCAAUGGUCAGGCCAUUAUUAGGGGAUAAUACAAAAGUCUAGCAUUCAUUUUAGAGGGUCACAAAAGCAGUAUUAGGAGUAUCUGUCAAAUAGUAUUAACAAAUUGUUAGCUAUGUGUAAGUGUAACAAAAAAAAACCCCACUGUUUGUCUUUUUAACUGUUCUAGAAGUUACAUUGUGGUAGGCUAAACUGCAAUAAACUAGAUGGUACCAUUGCUGGAUGCUGCUGUUAUGCUGCUUUUGUACUUAUUCCUUGCAUAGAGUGAGAAACGCCUACAUUAGAGUAUGUAAAGUCACUUUAAAUACUAUCUAUAUUUGUAACAGAAGUAGUGUACAGCUAUUUUAUUACUGCUGUUGUGUCACAAUGGGAGAUUUAAAUUAAUAAAUUUCAAACUGUCA